AUGGACAGCAACCGAAUUAGGCAUGAUGGAAAGUUCGUCUUCUACGGUUACGCCGUGUCACAGAUUCCAGCCGGUAUUAUAGCGGCGAAAUUUGCUCCGAAUAAGGUGUCAAGCUACCCAGCAAUGCCUGGUGUAUGGCGCCAUUGGCACCAAACCGCUGAGCGCUCAAGAACUUGCACACCCACGUCCGGUUGCUCGGGAAUACUGUGGGCAUUGUGUUGGUGGUAUGUGUCAGCUGCGACACCCAACGAUCAUUCGUAUAUCACGGAAGAGGAGCGAACAUUCAUCGUGGAGAAAGUUGGAACUGUCGUCAUGGGAAAUAUGACU